CCCAAUCUCCACUUCUCCCCGGCACCUGAGCGUAAAACCCUAGCUCGCUUCCCCAGUUCCCCCCAUGGCGCGGAAGAAGCGAAAGGUGGAUCCGGCCCAGUCCGCCGCCACCAACCACCAGCAGGAGCUCCCCUCCUCGGAGCUCAACUCUUGCGGCACCACCUACUUCCCCAUCACGGACGACCCCCCGCCGCCCACCGCCGAGGCCGCCGCUGCCGCCGCCGCCGAGGAGGAGGACGGCUCCGACGGCGAUGACGAGGAGGACGUCACCAAGCUGCUCGAGCUGCUCUCCCGGGAGCAACUCGUGGAGCUGCUCCGCCAGGCCGCCGAGAAGAGCCCCUGGACCAUGGCGGCCGUGCGCUGCGCGGCGGAGGCCGACCCCGCCAGCAGGAAGCUCUUCGUGCACGGCCUCGCCUGGCGCGUCGGCGCCCAAGACCUCCGCUCCGCCUUCUCCCGCUUCGGCGACCUCGAGGACUGCAACGUCAUCCUAGACAAGCAAUCCCGUAAAUCCAAGGGCUACGGCUUCGUCCUCUUCCGUUCCCGCGCCGCAGCGCUCCGCGCCCUCCGCUGCCCCCAGCUCCAAAUCGCCGGCCGUCUCGCCAUUUGCCAAUUCGCCGCCUCUGGCCCUACUUCCCCGUCCCCCCAGUCCCAGAACCCUAGCUCAAAUGCCCCUGCUUCAUCCUCGUCAUCCCAACCAGACAACAUUCAGCGCAAAAUCUUUGUUGGCAACGUGCAUGCUAAUGUUAAUGUUGGCCGCCUCUAUGAGUACUUCUCGCAAUUUGGUGAGAUUGAGGAGGGGCCAUUCGGUUUUGACAAGAGCACCGGCAAGCCUAAGGGGUUUGCGCUCUUCGUUUACAAGUCCGAGGAGAGUGCCAGGCGUGCACUGGAGGAGCCUAUGAAGAUUUUUGAUGGCAAGGUGCUCAAUGUGCAGAAGGCCACAGAUGGGAGGACAAAGAGCACACCAGCUGGGUCCAACUCGAAUACCAAUUCUAGUGCCACCGCUGCUUCUGCACAAAUGACUGCGCCUUCUGUUGCCACCCCUGCUUCUGCACAAAUGACUGCACCUUUUAUUGCCGCCAUUAAUCCGUAUGAUCCAUUAACAUAUGGUGUCACUGCUGCUUCUGCACAAAUGACUGCGCCUUCUAUUGCCGCCAUUAAUCCGUAUGAUCCAUCAACAUACGGUGCUACUGCUGUUCAUGACAUGGCCGUUGCCCAGCAAGCUGCCAUGCUGGGGAUGGGUGCACAGCAGCAACCAUUUGUGCAGCCCAACGCCAGCGACAACGCCAGCUCCGGUACCCCCAACAACGCUCCUGCUUCCUCUUCGUCAUCCCAACCUGACUACAUGCAGCGCAAAGUCUUUGUUGGCAACGUGCAUGCUGAUGUUGAUGUUGACCGCCUCUAUGAGUACUUCUCACAAUUUGGUGAGAUUGAGGAGGGGCCAUUGGGUUUUGACAAGUGGACUGGCAAGCCUAAGGGGUUUGCGCUCUUCUUUUACAAGUCUGAGGAGAGUGCCAGGCGGGCACUGGAGGAGCCUAUGAAGAAUUUUGAUGGCAAGGUGCUCAAUGUGCAGAAGGCCAAAGAUUGGAGGACAAAGAGCGCACCAGCUGGGUCCAACUCGAAUGCUAACUCUAGUGCCACCGCUGCUUCUUCACAAAUGGCUGCGCCUUCUAUUGCCGCCAUUAAUCCGUAUGAUCCAUCAACAUACGGUGCCACUGCUGCUUCUGCACAAAUGACUGCGCCUUCUAUUGCCGCCAUUAAUCCGUAUGAUCCAUCAACAUACGGUGCUACUGCUGUUCAGGACAUGGCCGUUGCCCAGCAAGCUGCCAUGCUGGGGAUGAGUGCACAGCAGCAAGCAUUUGUGCAGCCCAAUACCGCAAUGCUUGCCAUGAUGGCAGCUGCGAUGCAGAACCCAACCAUGUUUGUGGCAUUAAAUCCGGCUUUUGCUGCUAUGGGUGCUGGGGGGCAACACACUGGCAUUCCUGAUUUUGGAGGUCAAGGUUUUGGGCCACAAGGAUUUGCAACUGGUGGUGUCAAUUUUCCGCCUGCAGCUGGUGGUCUUCAGGGAGCUGCAGCAUAUCAAGGAUGUCUUACUGGUUUUCAGGGGACACCUGGGUUUCCGACAUCUGCUGGGUUUCAGGUUGGCCAAACAGCUUCCCAAACAGAUACUACUGCAGCAGCUGCUGGUGCUACCGGUUAUCAGGCUGGGCCUGCUGGGCAGGGUCAAAUGCCCAGUUCUCAGACUGACUUUCAGGGUGGCUAUUGAUAUCACUAGGGCUACGCAUCACCAAUGUCUGUGACAUUGUUGAAGAUGACGACGAAUAUUUCUACCGAGUACUAUUCAAAAUCUCAUCUUUGAAGCAUAUCAAGACGAAUGAAGAUUUUGUCGAGAGUUGACAGUGAUGAGUUAACUUCUGGUGGCACUUGUGGGUUUGAAGACUCAUGUCUUUCUGAACAACCGAUGAAGGAUGCACAUAAAGAUUUUCCAUACUGUUCAACAAGCUCCAGUUUGUCCUGAUUUUAUUAAGUUGAGCACGAAGACUGGGAAAAUGGUUUCAUUUGGGGCAAUUCACUGCCAAAUGAAAGUCAGGCUUCUUUGAAAAGCUGUGCAUUAUCUGAAGAGAGUGCUGAUGCUCAAAGUGGAGACACGGGCCGAAUGAAAGUCAGGCUUCUUUGAAAAGUUGUGUACUAUCCGAAAAGAGUGCUGAUGCUCAAAGUGAGGAUUAUGGUUAUAUAUCCAGUUCUGAUGUACAGAGUAAAAAUAUUGGUCUCCAGUGAUAACAGAGUCUUUUUGCUGUACAGAAAUAAAUGCUUCAGCUUGUCACCAUUCCCUGAGAACAGUUAACCCUCUGUUGGAGAAGGACAUGGAACAGUUAAGAUUGAUACCAUGAAGUGUUCAAACAAUGGGUUUUGCUAAUAUUCUCAGUCAUGUCC